AUGGUUUCUUUUUCGACUCUUCUUGUUGCGUGCUCUGCCGCAGUUGGAGCUUUCGCUGCUCCCUCCGACAAGAGCCUCGCUCAGCGCUCCACUGAGAGCUCCACCGGCACCAACAACGGUUACUACUACUCCUUCUGGACCGACGGCGGCGGCGACGUGACCUACACCAAUGGCGACGGAGGCUCAUUCGAUGUGGAAUGGAACGGUGUUGGCAACUUUGUCGGUGGAAAGGGAUGGAACCCAGGAAGCACCAGGACCGUCAACUUUGAGGGCACCUUCAGCCCCAACGGCAACGGCUACCUUAGCUUGUACGGCUGGACUCAGAACCCUCUGAUCGAGUACUACGUUGUCGAGUCAUACGGUGACUACAACCCCGGCAGUGCCGCAGAGCACAAGGGAACCGUUGAAUCUGACGGCGGCACCUAUGAUAUUUACACCGCGACUCGCGAGAACGCGCCUUCGAUUGACGGCACUGCCACGUUCACUCAGUUCUGGUCAGUCCGUCAGGACAAGCGCUCAUCUGGAAGCAUCACCAUCGGAAACCACUUUGAUGCUUGGACUGGUCUCGGAAUGACCCUGGGUACUCACAACUACCAGAUCAUGGCCGUUGAGGGCUACCAGAGCAGCGGGUCUGCUUCCAUCACCGUCUCUUAG